AUGACUGAUCUUACUAAUUCAACACCAUCAACAUCACUUAAUACAUCCCAAACAGCAACAACAACAACAACAGGUUCAAAUGCAAAUAAAAAAAGUAAAGGAAAUACAUUAAAUAAAAAGAAAAAUGUUAAAAGUUUAACAACAAAAAGUCAUCCGAAAUAUUCUGUUAUGAUUAAACAAGCAAUAACACAAUUAAAUGAUCGAAAUGGUACAUCAAAAGCUGCUUUAUUAAAAUAUAUAUUAGCUAAUUAUAAAGUUAAUCCAACAACAGCAAAUCAACAUCUUAAAUCAGCAUUACGUGCUGGUAUUAAAAAUAAAACAUUAAAACAAACAAAAGGUAUUGGAGCUAGUGGAAGUUUUAAAUUAGGUUUAACAUCAACAAAUAAAACAAAAUUAUCAACUCAUAAAAAACCAAAAACAACAACAAAUAAAUCACGUAGUCGUUCAAAAACAUCAACACAAAAUAAAAAAACAACGAAAUCUCGUUCAUCAUCAAAACCUAAAUCAACAACUGAAACAAAUAAACGAAAACGUUCACCAUCUUCAACUAAAAAACAAUCACCUAAAAAACCUGCAACUAAUACAACAACAACAACAACAACAACAGCAGCAACAACAUCUGAUAAUCAAACUAAAAAGAAACCAAUAAAGAAAGAAAAAAAAGUUAAAAUAGCUAAAACAAAACCAAAAUCUUCAACUAAACCAAAAACUUUAAAAAAAAAAGCAACAUCAACAAAGAAAAAAGCUCCUAAGACUGCUUCAUCAAAAUCUAAACCAAAAUCAAAAUCAUCAACUGGAAAUACAACUAAUGCAUCAUCAGCAACAACAAAUUCAUCAUUGAAUACUGCUAAUACAAACACAAAUGCAAGUUCAACAGGAAAAAAAGUUCGUAAAAGUACAACAACAAAAAAAGGAAAAAGUCAAAAAAAAUCAUCAAACAAAAAAUAA